AUGCCAAGUCCAAAUAAAACUGUUAAAUCUUAUUUAAAACUUGAUAAUAGAGUGGUCUCCUUGGAGAUGUCGCCCUCUAAUGAUCUGUUCUUAUCUGGAAGUAUAAACGAAGGAGUGAAAUUAUGGGACUUAAGACAAUCUAAUGAAAUUGGUUACCUUCACAUUCAAGCGGGGAGGCCUUGCGUAGCAUUCGAUCCCUCUGGACGCGUAUUCGCGAUUGGUCUUCAAAAUCUUGAUAACUCUUUGCGAUUGUAUGAUGUGCGACAAUAUGAUAAGGCGCCUUUCAGUACAUUUAACGUUUUUGAUAGCUAUAUGGCCCCAAGUAUUUAUCCAAACCCACCUAUAUUUCCUGAAUGGACGGGACUUAAGUUCAGUAACGAUGAUGAUAAAAUAUUAGUAACUACUGCAGGAGAUGUUCAUUAUAUAGUUCACGCUCAUACAGGUGAAUUAAAGUCACGAUUGGUUGGACAUGUGGGACUUAAUAACACAUCCUCUUUUUUGGGUGGUGAAGAGACUAGCUUCACACCAGAUGGCCGUUAUGUAAUAGCAGGAUCCCAAGAUGGACAGAUAAACUUUUGGGAUACAGGAACAUCCUUAAACACAUCAGCCAUUAUAUCAGAUGGAAUUGAUUUAAGACCUAUUCAUACUCUAGAGCAUCACGUUAGGCCAACACAGGUUGUAAGAUUCAACCCAGCAAGGCUUAUGAUGGUCAGCGCAUGUACAGAUUUGGCAUUUUGGUUGCCAUCCAUUGAUUCGGAAGAAUCGGAUAACGUAUCAAAUAAUGAAGCAGUUGCCGAUUCGUCCCUUGAAGUCGUAGAUACUUUAGACACUUCAAAUGUGCAAAGCACGCCUAAUGAUGAUAUAUCACAUACAAGUGAUACGACUAUCACAUCUAUAUCUACUUAA